UAUUGGAUCUGCUGUCUCACAGGCCGAGAGGAACAAACAGACCCCUGAUUGGUCCUCAGUUCUCGGCUCGUCGUUCUAGAGCUCCAUGUUAUUUUUAAUGUAAGCGUGUGUGCUGGUUAAACAGCUCUCGGUCUGGAGGACGCUACAGGAGGGCCCAGGACAGCUGGGUGUGUUUUCUCUCCUGCUUGGGUGAGGCUAGCUAAGCUAAACCAGGCUAAGCUAGUGGAAUUUGAAUGGAUCCGAGGGUCGCCUGGAUUCAGCCGGAACAGAAGGGACCCGCUAACGCGCUAUGGAUGCACGUGUGGGAGACAUCUCAGGGAAUCCGGACUAACCAUCAGACCGAGCUGUGUGUCAGCGCCGGGGUUUUGUGUAAAGACCCAGCAGCAGAUGUUCACGGGUGUUCAUCCGGCACCCACCAUCUUCCUCCUCCUCCUCCUCCUUCUUCUUCUUCAUCACCAUCCUUAUCAUCUUCUUCUUCUCAUCAAAGCAAUGCGAACAGUACUAAUAUCCGGAGCGCCUUCUCGACAUUAUCGAUUAAUAAUAAUAAGAACGUUAGCGCUGUGAGCACAAGCGGCAUGUCUCCCACUGACUCCCGGUCUCCGCCUGAGCCGGGCACGCGCACGGACUCCGCCGUCAGGGCUAACGAGACCAACAAAAACCGCGUGUGUUUCAGUUACACCGAGCUGAACAACGUCAACCAGAAUCACCUUCACAAUCAUAACCAUUAUCACCACCAUCAUCAUCAUCAUCACCACCAACAUUCGCGAUACUUCCAUCAGGAAGAGCAGCCGUAUUUCCAGCAGAACUGCAUGAAGCGCUACCAGAUCACCCCGGGAUUUAACAACCACAAUCAUCAUCACCAUCAUCAUCACCCGGGACGGAGGAAAAAUGAGAAUAAAGCGAGCACAUACGGGAUUAACUAUCUUCUCUCGAACUGGAAUAACGGUAACCAUGCAAUCAGUCCCGUUACACUGUGGAAAAGCAGGACGUACAGCCCAGGGCUUAACGGGCUUCACGAGGAGAUUAUAGACUUCUACAACUUCAUGUCCCCUCGACCUGAAGAGGCCGCCAUGAGGCAAGAGGUAGUCGACCGAAUCGAGUCAGUCAUCAAGGAGCUGUGGCCAAGUGCUGACGUACAGAUAUUCGGCAGCUUCAGCACUGGACUCUACCUCCCAACCAGUGACAUUGACUUGGUGGUGUUUGGGAAAUGGGACAGACCGCCCCUGCAGCAGCUAGAGCAGGCCCUCCGGAAAAAUAAUGUGGCCGAGCCAUUCUCUAUAAAAGUACUUGACAAAGCUACGGUACCAAUCAUUAAAUUGACCGAUCAGGAAACAGAGGUCAAAGUGGACAUCAGUUUCAACGUGGAGACUGGAGUCAAAGCUGCCCGCUUCAUUAAGGAUUAUGUGAAGAAGUAUACCGUGCUGCCUUAUUUGAUCUUCGUGCUGAAGCAGUUCCUCCUGCAAAGGGAUCUGAACGAGGUCUUUACCGGAGGGAUUAGCUCUUAUAGCCUCAUCCUGAUGGUCAUCAGCUUCCUGCAGCUCCACCCCCGGAUCGACGCCAGAACCCCCAACACAAACCUUGGCGUUCUGCUGAUCGAGUUCUUCGAGCUGUAUGGCCGCCAUUUUAACUACCUGAAAACGGGCAUCAGGAUAAAGAACGGCGGCGCCUACAUGGCCAAAGAGGACAUCAUGAAAGCCAUGAGCAACGGCUACAGGCCGUCCAUGCUCUGCAUCGAGGACCCCCUUCUUCCAGGUAACGACGUGGGCAGGAGUUCCUACGGAGCCAUGCAGGUGAAACACGUGUUUGAUUACGCCUACAUCGUCCUCAGUCAUGCAGUGUCGCCUCUCGCGAACUCCUACCCGAACAAGGACACCGACAGCACUUUGGGACGCAUCAUUAAAGUCACCCAGGAAGUGAUCGACUACAGGGAGUGGAUUGCUAGCAAGUGGGGAAGCAAGCAGACCGAAAGGACUAACGGUCCUGCUCUGCAUAAAGACUCGGUGGAGCAGACGGACUCAAGCGCCCUGCUCAGUGUUGGAGUGGAGGAGCAGCAGCCGCCCCAGAGGGACUCUGUGUCUCCUAAUAGCGCGGACUCUCCCAUGUCCCUGUCCAGCCCUCAGCAGCACUCCUCUGCGUCGUCUCCGUCAGGCAGCGACAUUGACUCGGACAGCACGCCGUGCGCGGCUCCAGCAGUGCCCUCCUACCCUAUGCAGACGCUGGCACUGGGCACGCUGCCUGCUGAGCUGCAGAUGGGCACAGGAAAGGCCAACUUCACCAUGCCACACUCGAUGCCCUCUGCCAGUCAGACGAGAGUUUUAAUACCCGGGAGUCUUCCUCUCCACAUUCUACCUGGCAGACAGCAGGCCGGUCCCAAGGGCUUCCACAACCCGGCGCUAGCACUCGGCCACAUGCAGUACAACCGCAACACGUGGCGCCAUAAGAAGAGGGACAGUCUACCAGCUAGUGUCAGCAGAUAAACAUCGCGUCCUCCUUCUCCUCCUCCUCCUCCUCCUUACCGCUGCCACCUCCCUCCACACUUUUCCUCCUCCUUCUCCUCCUCCUCCUGUCACAACACGAUGAAAACUCGACGAGGCCUCCUGCUGGUGGGGCGCGAGCCGAGAGACCAGCAGUUUCUGCCGCAGCUCGUCGCUCAGCAGCUGCGCUAACGGUGGUGCUACGUUUACUCUCACACUCUAUCCAUGCACACGUGUUUGUGUAUCUGUGUGUGUGUGUGUGUGUCUGUCUGUGAGAAACUCGACCCAGGACCGCUGAGGAAGCCUCCCAUCUGUUUGACGAGCUACACAACGCAAGGACUUGUUGCUUUUUCUGUGCGUGACUUCCCCUUUCACUUGUUAUUUUUUUUUUAUUUACGGGAUACCGUACACAGAUGCUUGUGUGUGUGUUUUUUUUUUUUUGUUUGUUUGUUUUCUCCACUGUGUGAGGGCACUAUCACUAGUGUUUGAGCAAAUGACACGAUGUGGGUUAUUUGUGCAAUAACUUUUUUUUUUUCUUCUUCUUUUGGUUCAAGAACUAUGAUUUAAUUAUGCAUUUUUCUUUUUUUAAUUGCUUUUAUUUUUAGAGAGUUUUUAAUUCCUGUGCAAUUUACACACUCGCCUGUAUUAGGAUUCAUAAAAUCGAGCUUUACUUGAGUUUGUUUAGAAGGCGAUGAAUCCAUCAUCGACCUCGCACUCCUCACCCUGACCACUGAGUGGAACGGGACGCUGCACUCAAAUGAGCCGUGUGUGUGCGCGAGUGUGCGUGUGUGUGUGUGUGUGUGUGUGUGUGCGCGCAAGUGUGCGCGUGUGUGUGCGCGUAUGCGUGCGUGUGUGGGCACGCUACAAAAUGAUUUUAUCAGUCUGUCUACAGGAGGCAUCAUUUCCUCUUUUGUCUACAGAUCUUCUCAGCACUCUUGGUGUGUGUGAGAAUGAAUAGGUGUGUAUGAUGAAACAUGGGUCUGUCUGUCUAAGCUGUAGCUCAGCUUACAUUAGAGCUGCGCUGCAUGACGGCCUAAGAAGCCUAUAGUCCAGCACUCGGACCUCCAGUUUUGUUUUUGGUGGGCGUGUGUGCGGCUCCCUUUUAGAUCGCUGAUUAUGGGAGCCUGAGAAGCUGAAAUGAACAGACGGGUCAAAGCCACCCAUCUUGGACUCCCUUAAAGCUCUCUGUCGGCACCAAAAUUUAACCGAAAAAGGGAGGACAAGAAAGGGAACUAUAACUCUGAUUCCUUUCCGGAAUCUUUAUGUGCAUUUCCAGGUACUUGUACUAUUUUAUUAUGAUGAUGAUGCCUCGUCGGUUGUUUUUUGUUGUCGUCGUUUCGUUUUAUUUCUGUACUGUAUAAUAUUUUCCUGUCUGUAUAUAGCACACUAAACUGUAUCGCUGUUCCCGCGGAGUGUUACAGGCAUACAGGUUAUUGUAACUAUGCAAAUGGAGUUUUGAGUCUUUUCUUCGUUUGACAACCGCAUCUAAAAAAGCCAGAGAGGAAAGACGAGGAAGAUAGGGGAAAAAAAAUUUAAUAAAAAACCAAGGUGUUGCAGUUUAGCAGCCUGAACAAGGUACAUGUGAAUUGUUUGUCUUAAAUAUUUAAGAAAUGAAGAAAAGAACAAAAAAAGAAAAAACAGUGUCUGACUGCUGCUGUUGUCGUAAAGUGUUUUGGCAGAAGUUGGAAUCUUUUUCUCUCUUUCUCUCUCUCUCUCUCUCUCUUUCUCUCUCAUAUGAUAUCAGUGCAGGUUUGCAGUGACAGAACGUCACUCAUUUGGAUUCUUUGUACAAGAAAAACAAAAAACCCUGCUGUCACGGACCUGUUUUUUGAAGUGCAUGGUGAGGACCUAGCCAUCAAAGAGACAAUACACACACCUUUCAGCUGUAAGACUGAACUCAAUGAUGUAAUGGGGCAAAUAUUCUUGUUAACAGCAGUAUCUGCUUCUAGGUAGAACCAGCAUCUUUUGUGGGGGGAAAAAAAACUCUGCUCAUGACUAAGUGUAUUAUUAUAUUAUUAUUAUUAUUAUUAUUAUUAUUAUUGUUAAUGAGCAAAUGAAAAUGCAGACUUUCUAAAGAAAUGUGUUUGUGUGUUUAUCAGCCUUGAUCGACAGACUUCCACUCACUACAGUACUGAGUGUGAAACUCCCUAAUAGAUGUGAGCAAUUUUAAACAGUAUUUUCUGUAUGGCCAAAAAAAAUAAUAAAAAAAAGCCCCUGUACUUAAUAGAGAAAGCCCUAAAAGUGGCACGCUCAGCAUUCAAGAGGUCAAUUAAAGGAUUUUUCUUUUCUUUUUUCAGUUUCACCUUAAUAUUUUUAUGUACAUUAUUUUAUAUUUUAUUUUUUAAAUAAAACUCCUGAAACCGCC